AUGGACUCCACUCGGACCAUAACUGAAUUAAAAUCCGCAUUUAUCUGGAGCCAGGUUCGCAUUCUAUCCGAAAGCCUUGAGCUGCCCGAGGACUGGAAGAACUAUGCAGUGGAAACGCAAGAAGAUGAUUUGGCUGAGAAGAUAAUCGAGGAUGUGCUGCAUAAAGUAAAUCAAGCUGCGAAGCAACACAACCGCGUCGUCUACUCUUCCCAAGCUAUCCACCAUGUGGCCCACCAGAUUGCCAGUCUCUACUGGUCUUCAGUCAACCAGGAAACGCGGAGUCGAGCGUCCUUUGCCAACGGCGUAGAAAAAACAGCAGAUUUGUCCAGACACAUGAAUAUUACUCAGUUACCACUGGACAUUGAGUCACAGGGUGCAAGCGAAGAUGAAAAUACAAGAUACCAGCUACUCCGAGAGCGACUCGCCACUUUGGACCAACAGCGUCAGCAACGUCAACGAAGACUCGACCAAUUACGACAUUUACAGCGCCUCCUCGGACCAUUUCAAGAACCUCAGAAAGACAUCCAGCCGAAUCUCGUCACUCGCGACGGAGAGCUAGUACGGGAAUUGGAUAAGAUGCGAAUGCUGGCGGCGCGGGUUGGAGGCAGGAUUUCGCAACAGAAGAAAGGCCGCAGCAAUACCCAAGCGACCCAGGAUUACUUACUCCCGGGCUCAGAUCAGAGACUGGAGGCCCUGCUGGAUACGGAGCUAUGA